AUGUCUCCUGCAGAUCGUGUGAAACAGAUAACUCGACAAAUAACCUUUCCCAAAGGUCUCCUGAUAGGGCAAGUGGCCAUAAUCACGGGGUCCGGACAAGGUAUCGGUGCUGAGACUGCUCGGUUAUUUGCCAACGAAGGCGCCAAAGUGGUAGUGCAGGAUAUCGAUACAAGGGACAUGCUCGACUUUGCAUAUAUACCGAAGCUCGUCCAAGAAGCUGCAAAGUUUGGCAAUGGCAAAAUUCACAUCAUCGUCAAUAACGCCGGGUUCACCUGGGAUUCAGUUAUUCAUAAGAUGACCGAUGAGGCUUGGAAGACCAUUAUCGAUCUGCAUUGCACAGCGCCCUUUAUGCUUGUACGAGCGGCUGCACCGUAUUUCAGAGUCACCGACGGGGAGCGAAGAUGCAUCAUCAAUAUCAGCAGCGUCAGCGGCAUCCAUGGGAAUGCCGGCCAGGCCAACUACUCCCUGGCCAAGGCUGGAGUCACUGGCCUGACCAAAACCAUUGCGAAAGAAUGGGGACCCAAGUACGGCGUCCGUAGUAUCACAGUCGCAUUCGGAUACAUCAAGGGGACUCGCCUCUCGGGUUCCAAAGAGGCCGGCAACUUUGCGGUAACGCCCGAUGGGAAAAGGGUUUCCAUCGGCGUGCCGCAGGCGAUUAGGAGCGAGCGGGACGCAAAGAAUGACGUUCCCUUGGGUCGGCCGGGCAAGGUGCCCGAAGCAGCAGCUGCAAUCAUGGCUGCGGCCAGUCCCUUGUUUGACUAUAUCACCGGCGAGACGCUGAUGGUGACUGGCGGAAAAUAG